ACUAUUAUGUUCACCCCGGGACGAAAUUUCGAGUAUAUAUAAAUGCAUACACACACAGCUAAGCUAACCCUUGGGGCUGGUAGUGUUUGUUUCAUUUGGUUGUUUAAAGUUGCAGAGGCCGAGGAGGUAAAUGGUAACAGAAAUGGAACAUUUGGAAAAUUUGCCAAAUCAGGGAAGCGAAAGGUGUUUGCAGGCAGCAGAGUUUUGAGGGUAGUUUUCAUCAUCUCAUCACUCUACUCCCAGAUUAUUCGCUUCCCUAAUUUGGACGAUUUUACUUGCGUUCCUUCAUCACCCCUCUCAAGUUUCUCAUCGAAAAUCAGUGGAGAGAACCUGGAAAUAUACUUUCACCUCUGCAAAAGUUUUCGAGCUUCAAACAGAUUAUCGAAAGCUUGAUUGGGUUAGAAACUUAUCGGAGUUAUAUCAUACUAUCCAUCAGUUCUAUCAGUACUUUCAAAUGUUUUAAUUUUGGUUAUAAUGACAUGUAUAGGUUAUUUUGGAUAAAUGUUGCCCUAUAUGUGUUUUGUUGAGAUAAGCCACUUAUUUGAUUUGUGUUUUGGUAUUUUGGUAUGUGCAUAAUUUUCCUUAUAAUGUUGAUGUGUGGAAUGAUUUGUGGUUGAAUGAUGAAAGGUAAAAUAGUAGUUGAAUAUGCAUAUGAGGUAUGUUUUAUAACUUGGUGUGAUUUGAUACUAUGCUAUAGUAAUGUAUAUGUAUUUGAUGUUAUUGAAUAAGUGAUACAAUUGGUACCAAAAUUGGUACCAAAUGUUAAGUUUUGGUAAAUGAUUUACAUAUUGUGUGUUAAUGCAAUUAUACAUAAAAGUUGGUUGCUUUAUUGGUUACAUGGAUAUUAAACAUGUUUAUAAUUGUCAUUUGAGGUGCCUAAGGGCGUAUUGGUUGUAUUUGAAUAUACUAUAUGUUUAAGACUUGACUUUGCUUGUUUUGGAUUGCAUAA